AUGGCGUCGGAGCGCGGAAGCAGCAAGUACUCAGUUUUGCUGCCGACGUACAAUGAAAGAGACAACAUCGCCCUGGUGGUGUGGCUGCUGAACAGAACGUUCGAGGCAGCGCGAAAGUCAUUUGAAGUCAUUGUGGUCGAUGACAACAGUCCAGAUGGGACGCAGGAUGUGGUGAAGAAGCUGCAAAAGGCUUAUGGGGAGGACAAAGUGGUCCUGAAGCCACGGCCCGGCAAACUUGGGCUGGGAACCGCCUACCUUCAUGGCCUCCAAUAUGCAACGGGGCACUUUGUGAUCAUUAUGGACGCCGAUCUUUCCCAUCAUCCCAAGUACAUACCAGACUUCAUCAGGAAACAAGAAGACACAGACUGCGAUGUUGUGACGGGAACCCGGUAUCUAAAAGGCGGGGGUGUCUAUGGGUGGGAUCUCAAGAGGAAAAUAACAAGCAGGGGGGCGAACAUACUUGCUGCCACACUGUUGCAACCUGGGGUUUCCGACCUGACAGGGUCAUUCAGGCUUUUCCGCAAAGAGUGCAUCCAGAAACUCAUGCAGGACACCAAAUCGAAAGGAUACGCGUUUCAGAUGGAAAUAAUUGUGCGUGCAAGCCACAUGGGCUACAAAGUGGAAGAGGUCCCCAUUGUCUUUGUUGACCGUUUGUAUGGUGAAUCCAAACUGGGAGGGGCAGAGAUUGUCAUGUACCUCAAAGGCCUUGUUCAGCUGUUCUUCAGCUUGUGA